GUUAUGAAGUUACGAAAAAGUCCAAAAACAGUUGGCCAGUUUGUUUCAGAAAUUGAACAAGAACAUCUUCUUAUUGCUGCCUAUUUCAAUCAAACCAUAUUUGCCAACAUGGCAGCGCCCAUGGGAAAGUCGGACUCGGAUAAAUUUGCUAUUGAAUUUGUUAAUGCUAAAUUAGGAGAUGACAUCAAAUCGUUAAAAUCAGUGAGAGAUUUGUACAGAGAGUAUAGAGAUAAGCAAAAAUCACUUGAAAGCCAGCUGUCACUUGCAAGUAGUGAAGUUCCAAAUGAAAUUGAGAAAGCUAUAAGAGAUGCAGAAAAGGCUGGCAAGGAUGUUAAAAGACUUGGUGCCAAGAAGGAGGAAUUGUAUCAUGAGAUACAGGAUCGUGGAAGAGAUAUCAGCUCUCUAGUUAAAGAAACCAGUAAACUGACCAUAGAGUUGUCCGAACUUGAACAUCUUUCCAAGUAUCUGUCUUGUCUGGUACAGAUUGAUACGUUAAGUUCUAAGAUAGAGAUGUUGUUACAGUCAGAACGACUAGCAGAGUGUGUAGAGAAGUUUACAGAGUUAUCCUCCUUGUAUAUAACACUAGAGCCAUCAUGCUGCCACAAUAUGGUAAAAUACGCAAAAGAUACAACCCUCUAUUGGUAUAAGAUAUUGAAGAAUAAAAUUGCAAGUGAAUUUGAAGAAGUUUUAAAGCUGCUGAGAUGGCCGCUUGUUGCUAUGACAAUAAAAGCACCUCCUGUUCAGAAUCCAGCAGAGGUCAAGUCCAAAAUGGAACAACUCUUCAAACAGCUUUUGAAGUUGCAACUUCCAGAUUCUGUAACAGCUGAAGUAGAACAGUUACACCCACAGCUUGCCCAGUUUUCCGGGAUUAGACACCCUAUAUUGCCUCUACAGUUGAUGAUUAAACCACUACGUAGAAGGUUCAAAUACCAUUUUUAUGGAAAUAAACAGACUAAUGACAUUGGAAAGCCUGAGUGGUAUUUUACGCAGAUUCUGAGUUGGAUACGAGACCAUCUGGACUUCUUGGACCAGAGAAUACAGCCACUGUUAAGGGAGGCUGGCAAACAAACUGUGGAUUCAAAGUUGGAGUUUAUGAUUGGAAUGGUUACCAUGGUGAUGGAGAAAAUGCUAACAGAUCUUCCAGAGUUGAUGAAUGAUGACCAUCAGUUUUGUCACCUGGUGGAUGAGGCCCUUCUGUUUGACCGUGAGAUACGUAGCUCCUAUAGGUACCCGGCAACAUACCCCGGUAGUCUCCAUGUCCUGUCCCUGGACAAGUACUUCAAAAAGUGGCUCCAGAUUGAGAAAAAAUUCGCAAUAGAGAAAUUAGAUGGUAUGAUGUCAUCACCAACAGCCUGGGAUUCCCAGUAUAGACACAUAGCAGAUGUAGAUGAGUUGAAGGUGCCGGAAUGUGGCGAAAGUUUCAUGACUCUGAUGCUUACAAUUACAGAUCGCUACAAACCGUUGCCACACUCUUCACAGAAACUUUGUUUUCUUGAUCUUCAACUUGAACUUUUAGAGGACUUUCGGGUCAGAAUUAUACAGGUGAAGGACAAUACCCACAACCCACUCAGUGACUGUUUCUGUUCCAUAUUGAACACAGCAUAUUAUGUAACGGAAGUGCUUCGAGAAUGGAGCGAACUUGUGUUCUUUCUGCAGUUACAGUUUUACAGAAUGGAGUGCAACGAACACACAUCAUCUGAGCAGUCUGCUGAGAGUUCAGACAUUCCAUUUGGUUACACGACAGUGUUUGAGGACAUGAUAGCGUUGUAUGACAGGUUACGACAAGACAUGUUAAAGGCAAUAGUUAACCAUGUUUUCACUGAUGUCAGAGCUCGCAGUAAACCUUAUAGGGAUGACAGGUGGAUAUCCCUUCCAUACCAGAAGGAAGUAAAUUUAGGUCUGUCAACGUCAGCCUGUGAGAUGUUACUGGUGUUGAAGGAUCACUUGCUGGAAGUCGGAGAGCUUAUCAGUAAACCGCUGUUCAAUCUGUUCUGGGAGAAGAUGGCACAGGAACUCAAUACAUUCAUAUAUGAGGAGGUAAUACUAAGGAACAGAUUUAACCAUGGAGGUGCUGCGCAGCUACAGUUUGAUAUGACAAGGAACUUGUUCCCCUUGUUUGGAGAAUACACACCCAAACCUGACAGCUACUUUAAGGAAGUAAAAGAAGCAAGUACCAUUCUCAAUUUGAAUGUUGGUUCAGCCAUUUUACUGAAGGAAGUUUUGAACUCAGCCCUUCAUGUUCCAAAGAAAGAUGUUGAAAAGUUAACGGAAGCUCGUUCGGCACUAAAUGACGUAGGAGUAUAUAAACUGACACUGGAUCAAGCGGAACUUGUUCUCAGUCUGAGGACAAACCUUACAACGUAGCCUCAGACCGGCCUAAAUGUUUCUAAAUGUCAAAGAUAUAAAUACCUGAAAAUACCUAUUUAUACAGACUUGUUAUGAUAUGUUAUGUUAUUUGAUAUUAUAUGGAAGAGGUGCUUAUAAUUUUUGUUACAUUACCUGUGUUAGUUUUAUUUGUCCUGUAUGAUUCUAAGUGUGUUAUAUAAUAGCUGGGAAUGCAAAGGAAUGGACAGAGUUAAAAAAUGUUUGUCUAAAAAUUGUUAAGAUUGUUGACAGUACGAAAGUACACAUUGCUGGUUCAUAUUGUUUUGAUAUGUUGUUUUUGAAAAAAUGGGACAUAUAACAGAAAAGUUUUGUCUGUCCAUCUGUCUGUUUUUCCAUUCAUUUGUCCAUCCAUGAGCAUUUUCAGUUUCCGGACUCUCAGUCAGAAAUUACGGUAGCUACAGCUUUCAAACUUUAUGGCAGUUAUACUUGAUACCAUAAUUGUCUUUGGUUAGAAAGUCAUUAGGUCAAAGGUCAAGGUCACACUAUUCUUGAGGCUGAAAUUACAUGCCCAUUUACGUCCAUGCGGCUAUCGUGUGGGCAUAUGAAUAAAAGCAGUUCUUGUUAGGUAAGCAUUUUUCAUACAAAAAUAAAAUAAACACGCAGAGACCUAUUUCAAAUGCAUAAAUUUGUUUUACAUGCAGAGAUUCAGUUAGCAGGCAUGGAAAUAAUUACACAGGCAUGAAGGACCUCGGACAUCUUCCUAUUCAGUUGCCUAUCCGAUUAAGGAAAAAGUGACAUAGGGAUAGACUUCUGAAAUUGCAUAGUUACGAUAGUUGAAGACCAUUUCUUGAUAAAUGCGACUUCAUUUUACCAGUUUAUGAACAAAAAAGAAGACUUUGUAGACAUUUCUCAUUCUCUUUUCUAUUAAAAUAUGAACAUAAAUCAUUUUUACGUUUUAAAUAUCUUUCCCCCCAGUGACACAACAAAAUAGUUCACAUACCUUUGUAAAUAAUUAUUAUAUAUGUAUGCUGCAAAAAUGGUACUUGGUCACAGGGGGGAAAGUGUUUAAAAUUGAAAAAACUAUGUACAGGGUGUCAGCAAAUAAAUUUUUACAUAAAUAUUUGACACUUAUUGCAUGUGCUUUCUAAACCUACAUAUCUACAGCUUUAUUCAUUUUUGUAAAUAUUUCAAGCACAGAAAACACUGAACUAAAUAAAUAGCGGACAUAGAAAGUCAAGCUAGAAAGCAGACUGAUCCUUAUAAGUAUAUCUUAUGAAUUUUCAAUCAGAUCUAUUUCCUCUUGACAGUCUAAGUCCGUCGAUUGAGUGUCAUCAGGAUUGAGACAACUGCGUCUGUCGUAAGUCAAACACCAAGCAAGUGGCUUAGACAUAUUACACAUAUAUAUAUAUAUAUAUAUGUCUUCAACGUAAACAUGACAAAGAGAUACAGACGAACUUCUAUGGGAAUAGUGCCACUUUGGUGCACUUUUUUUACCUUUUGUAGGACACGAUUGAAGUGAACCUAGAAUGCAUUUUAAGAACAUUUGCUUUUAUUCGAUCCAGCAUCAUAUACCCUAACAGAACUACAGAACCAUCUCCUGAACUGACCCACUGGGCCAGUUGCUUCAAGAACUAACACUGACAGCCAUAGAACUAAUACUUACUUGCCUAGAUUUAACACUGACAUCCCCAGAAUUAACAUCAAUUCGCUCAAACGACUGAAACUUAUUUUGAAGCCAAUCCAAAUACUAGUAAGGACC